AUGUGCAACGUCGUGACGAAUUACUACAUCUACGCGGCUUGCCGCGACCCUGGCGUCCACUUCUACGCCUCCAAACUAGACGGGCAAGACCAACAAGUCCUCAUGAGCGGUACAUUGUCUCACCUGAUUCCUGCCCGCUCUGUGCCGGUAAAUAACGAGCGUUGGGUUCGGCAAAUAUGCCUACGAAAAUGCGAUGAAGAAGGGGAUUCCCGGAAAGAAGAUGGUGGGGAGUGUGCUUAA